AUGUCUUCGCUGCCCUCCAACGUCCAUGUCUCUCAGCACCCGUGCCUCCGCGCCAAGCUGAGCCAGCUUCGCUCCAAGUCCAUCAGCCCGCGCGAGGUCAAGUCGCUGAUCCAUGAGAUUUCCCUAAUCGUCUCGUGUGAAGCUCUAGCUUCGUCGCUGGAAGCCACCGACGGUCCUCAGGAUGAGACCCCAUUGGGCUUCCAAUUUACUUCCACAACCGUCCAGCCAAGCACCAUGUGUCUAGUUCCUAUUCUCCGAUCAGGUCUAGGCAUGGUUGAAGCUGUGCAAACCAUCCUCCCCAUACCUGUCCCGGUUCAUCACCUCGGCAUGUACCGCGAACCCUCGACGCUGGAUCCCGUCGAGUACUACAACAACCUUCCCCAGCAGAUCCCCGAUGACCAAGCCUCGUCGAGCAACGCUAGCAGCCUUGCCAUCCUCGUCGACCCCGUCAUCGCUACUGGCGGAACCUGCGCCGCCGCCAUCCAAACUCUCCGUGAAUGGGGCGCCAAGCGGAUUAUCGUCCUCGCUGUUAUUGGUGCCGAGGAGGGUGUCAAGAGAGUUGCUGCCGAGUGGCCCGAGGGCUCAGAGGUUUGGAUUGCUGGGGUCGACAAGGAGUUGACAUCAACUGGCAUGCUUAAGCCCGGCUUGGGAGACGUUGGAGACCGACUGUUCUUGACUCUUGGCAAAUAG